AUGUCUACCGAUCAUCCGGAGUCGGGGCCAAACAUCAAAGAUAUCAACCAAGCCCCAAUCACAUCUCCGCAGGAUCAACAGAUCACAGCACCAACCACAGAGCUCCAACCCCAACCAGACCUCGCUGAUACGUCCAUCUUAUCCGUCCAUCAAACCGCGAACCAGACAAUCCACCCCGCAACUGGCCCCGGUGGCGAAACCAAAUCCGCCCCCGUGACAACAUCGCCGACUAACCCUCACCAAGUAACCGACAACGCACCCGUCGCGCUGGCACAACCCACUACACCGCCUUCAAUGGAGACCGACGAGCCAAAGACUGCGCCCGAGACCUCAACAGAGCAAUCUGAUGACGGUUCUGUGAAGGAACUUGAGGAGGAUGCUGGCCCGUCGCUGGUGAUUACCCUCCUGUUGACGACGGGAUCGCGCCACCCGUUUACUAUCGAUGGAAAAUAUCUAAAGAAGCGAUCGGUGAAUGUUGAGAACUUUGAUCCGUUCUUGAUGAGCGUUUACACGCUGAAGGAGUUGAUUUGGCGCGAAUGGAGAUCUGAUUGGGAGACCCGUCCCACAUCACCGAGCUCGAUCCGUCUUAUCUCGUUUGGGAAGUUGUUGGAUGAUAAAUCGCCUGUUUCUGACUCCAAGUUCAGCAAAGAACAUCCAAACGUCGUCCAUAUGACCGUCAAGCCGCAAGAAGUCGUCGACGAGGAAGAUGCAAAGGGAGCAAAGGCACAGUACAGCCGGGAGCGCGAAGCUAGUGAGCGCAGUCCUGGAUGCCGAUGCAUUAUUCUAUAA